CACGCUUGAGCGCCUUCCGGCGGCGUCGGCGGCGGCAGCGGCAGCAGCAGCAGUAGAAGAAUGGACAGUAGAAUGAACUGUUUAUGAACGUGUUUUGUUCUGUAGCCGGUAAUUACCGGCACUUCAGGUGCUGGCCCAAAGAAAGCUGCCAAAAAGGGGGAAAAGGCCAAAACAGGUAUUGGAUGAAGCUACUCUUCUGGGACCUCCACCGCAAGUUCAAUGAGCCCUUCGGGUCACGUGUAGAGUUCAUCAAAUGAAGCUGGAAAUCAAUGUUAGAUGAAUUAUAAAUCUCUUCACAAUUUGGGUGGCGGAAUACAUUCGGAUGCGAUUCCAAACAAGCACAGCAUAUCGAAUGACUUUAAUCGUUAUCAAGAAAGGUCAUGUCAUUGCCAGCUUAAAUCUCAACUGUGCCAAUUUUUUUUUUCCUGAAAUGUCAAAUUUUUUCAGUCGAGCAGUCGGUUCAUAGCUGACAUUUCAUUUAGUCUGUUCGAUUAGAAGGAUUAAAUUAAAUAAAAAUUUACGCAAAAUUGAAUAACAAAAAAUGGACCUAGAAUCGUUUCGCUCAAAGUAUAGCGACCUAACAGUAACCGCUUUGCCCGCUGGUGGAAAGAAGGAAGAACAAAAGGACAACGAAGAGGACUUCAAGAUGGCUACUCUGAAGGAGCAAACGCCACGCGUAGAAAUUACACGCGUAUCCUCUGGUAAUGGCACUGCAUACGGACCCUCUACAUCAACUCCGUUGGGCGGCACCUCAUCGUCCUCUGCUGGCGGACCAAUCUCAUCGACUCCGACUGGACAAUAUCCAUCGAAAAAUCGCGUCGGUUCUGCAUUCGGACCGGCUGACGGGUCUGGCUCCUUGCGCACCCGAUCGCAGCAGCAGACUGCCGCCGCCCUGGCCUACGCCACUGAGUACAAGGAGGUGAUGGAAAAACUGGACUACACAAAAUACAUGCAGGCCAAGCUGAAGCAGUUGUCCGAAGCGCAGGGCCAAAGUUUCAGUGGAGCAGCUCCCCAAACUGGGAUGACCUUUGGGAAUAAGCUUCUUGCCGACGAGGAUCCCAAAGGGACCAUUGUGGACACAUUCGAUAAUCUUGUGUCCGUUGUGGGGAAGAUGAAGGCCGUCUUGAACCCCACUGGCAUGGGGAGGCGCAUCGCCUCGGACCGUUUGUUGUAUGAAAUAGCCAAUGCCCGUGUCGUGGUGAAGGCGGGUCAACAAAUCCUAAAGCGCGAAGAGCUGGAGACUUCAGUUAUUCCCGCCGACGAGUGACGUCAUCCGGUGCAGGUUGACCGCAGCACAUUUUACGACACUUUCCAGUGAGUGCCACACUAAAAGAACAAUAACAAUAAAACAAUAACAAAAAGUGGGGAGUUCAGUUCUGAGAACUUCCAGCACAUG